AUCAACAACAUCUGGGAAUUCCUGUUACCAGGAACCUUGCUUCCAACUUUCAGGGCUCCCUGCUGCCAUUUCUGAACUCUGUCCGAUCAUGCCUGACAGACAGCAUCUCAGGUCUGACAUGUCUCUUGGUUCAUCAAGACCUCAUUGCCCUACUGGCCUCCAGGCACACUCUAAAUUCCCCCUAACCGAUUUUGCUAGAGGCUUUUUGUCUUUUGAUCAGACCCUGCCUCAUGCCAGGUGCACCGAGAGCUGUCGCCCUGGGUAUGCCAAAGCCAUUAAGGAAGGAAAGCCAGUUUGCUGCUACGAUUGUGCUCCAUGCACGGAAGGGACAGUCUCCACCCAGGAAGAUGCAAGCCAUUGCAACAAGUGCCCAGAAGAUCAGCAUCCAAACAAGGAACGAGAUCAAUGUAUCCCCAAGACUGUAAUCUUCCUGCCCUUUGAAGAAUCUUUGGGGAUCAUCCUAGCUUCAUUUGCUCUAUUCUUAUUCCUCACCACAGGCUUUGUGUUAGGAAUCUUCAUUAAACACAUGGAAACUCCAGUUGUCAAAGCCAACAACCAGGACCUCUCCUACAUUCUCCUCAUCUCCCUCUUGCUUUCCUUUUUGUCCUCCUUUCUAUUCAUUGGUCAGCCCCGAAAGGUGACCUGCCUUCUUCGCCAAAGUGCCUUCAGCAUCAUCUUCUCAGUUGCUGUCUCGUCUGUGUUGGCCAAAUCCAUCACCGUGGUGGUUGCAUUCAUGGCCACCAAGCCAGGGAAUCGGAUGAGGAAAUGGCUGGGGAAGAGUUUGGCCAAAUCCAUUGUCGUUUCUUGCUCCACUGUUCAAGUUGGGAUCUGCAUUGUUUGGCUGGGAAUCUCUCCACCCUUUCCUAGCUACGACAUGCACUCCCAGCCUGGACAGAUCAUCCUGCAAUGCAAUGAAGGUUCAGUCACUCUGUUUUACUGUGCCCUGGGCUACCUGGGCUUCUUGGCUGCCAUCUGUUUCACAGUGGCUUUCCUAGCCAGGAAGUUGCCUGGGGCAUUCAAUGAAGCCAAGUUGAUCACCUUCAGCAUGUUGGUCUUCUGCAGUGUUUGGGUCUCCUUUGUUCCUGCCUACCUGAGCACAAAGGGGAAAUACAUGGUGGCCGUGCAAGUCUUCUCCAUCUUGGCCUCCAGUGCUGGGUUACUGGUUUGCAUCUUUCUUCCCAAAUGCUACAUUAUUCUCUUGAGGCCUGAUCUGAAUAAAAAAGAACAUCUAAUCAUGAAAAAUAAAGAUGGCAUCUGA